AUGGAAGGCUCCGCUGCCAACAUCGUGUUCCGCCAGCUGUGGAACAACUUGGUGGAUUUGCCCGCCAAUUUGCUGUCGUUGCUUUAUAACGCCAAUGUUUCGCCUCAAGAGGUGGUGGUCGAACUCGUUACUCAGGCUCAAAACAAGUGCUAUGUGGGCUGGUCUGGAAUGAGCGCUGGAGGUGCUCGAAACUUGGGCAUAGACUCUAUCUUGGCGCAGUCGUUGCGCUUGGCUGAAAAGCAGCUUGUCACUGUGAAUGUCAAGAUCAGAAACUUUAAGGCUUCCUCCAUCUUCUUGGAACCUGAACACUCUUCGGACUGGGAGCUUGUGGAGCUCCACGCGGCGUACAUCGAGUCAAAGUUGAUUGAACAGUCGAGAUGUGUGGCUGUCGGCCAGGUUUUGGUGGUCUACCCAACGAAAACGUCUUCCGUGAAACUUCAAGUCAAGGAUAUCGGCUCGACUGAACACACCUACGCUAUUAUAGACCCUUACGCUGAAAUCAGCAUUGCUCCAAAGUUGAGAGAGAAAAAGAGAUCCUCGUCCCAGUCGGUCAAGUCAGGCAGGUCGUCAAGACUGACCGUGGAUGAGGUUUCCUUGGGCCCUACGGUGUUGAAGAGAGGUAUUUCACUUCCGAACCAGUUAUUUAAGGAAAGCGAUGACGGAUACACCCUUUUCGUCAACUUCGAGGAAGUUCUUCAUGCUUUCAACCGCGCUGAAUACGUCACUGUCUCUGUCCUACCAGGUCCAGAUACAAAAUUCAACGCUGCUCCUGCUGACGAGCAGCCGCUGGACGAGAAGAAAAAAGACAAGCAAAGUGUCAAGGCCACCGAAAACAAAACAAUUAUCGCCAAGUUGGUCAACUCGCCCAAAUGCCCCGCCAACACAGUGGGACUCAGUCAAAAAUUGGCCUGUGCUCUCAAUGUGGAGCACAAAAUCGGUUUCAAGGUUGCCGUCAGGCUGGCCCCAAAGCACGUUGCCAAGCGUCCAUCCACGAUAAUAAUUCACCCAUACAUCACCCAAACCAAAAAGACGGAUUCCAUCCAGCUCAACUCAUCAACAAAAGCACAAAAGAACCAAGCACUUGCACAAAACAUCACCAAGAUCUUGUUCGACCCAGAGGUGUCCAUCACGAGAUCUCCAAUCACGAACUUCCUGAAAAUACCGCCAAUCCCCGCCAUUCUUCCGCUCGGGGCCAUUAUAGAGUUCAAGAAGAACAGCGAUACGCACGCCUGGAUCAAACCAUACGAGCUCAAAGGUUCAAGAACGCCACCAAAGCUAGAGCUUGGCGAGGAGGUGUUGCGGAGCGCGUCAUUUUUGGAAUCUGAGGAGCCUGAAACCCUUGAAGAGGUUUAUGGCUCAAAUGAUGUCAUCGAAGAAAUCGUGGACUACGUGACGACCUUCCCCAAUUCGGGCAUUAUGCUUCAUGGCACCUCUGGCAGUGGCAAAACGUUACUACUCAAAUGGAUUGCUCGAAAGCUCGGCCAGGACCAUGGAGUUCACACCAAACUCGUUUCUUGCGAGAGUUUUAUGAAUGAAAACUAUGAUCAGCUUAGUGCAAACUUCACAAAGUGGAUUCAGGACUGUUCGUGGAAUGAUCCCGCUGUCUUGAUCUUAGAUAACCUUGACAAGGUCUUAUCAGCUGAGGUCGAGCAAGGCGACUCCACCUUGUCAAACCAACUUUCCGAAUUCCUCAUUACUCAAAUCCAAAAAAUUCACUCUCAAAACAAUACCAAUCUUUCCUUGAUCGUGUCGGGUAUUUCCAAGGAGGCCUUCAAUAAGCUUCUUGGUAUGAUGCAUCUCAUCGAAUCCUACCACCACUUGAGUCCACCACAAAAAGCCGCUCGUGCUACCAUUUUGGAAGAGUACUUGAUCAAGAAGCUUGGCUGCAAAGUUACAUUUGACCUUAUGGACAUUGUCUCUGAAACAGAGGGUUACCUACCUAACGACUUGAAGCUCUUGAGUGAUCGUAUCUUCCAUGAAAGCUUGUUCAAUGCUGCAUCGUCUGAGCAAAAAGACCAGUACACAGUUGAUAAAGCUUCUUUUGAGAAGGCCCUUCUGGGAUUCAUGCCUUCCAACUUAAGAGGCGUGAAGUUGCAAAAAUCAUCAACCAGCUGGGCAGACAUUGGUGGCUUAACCGAAGCGAAGCGUGUGCUCUUAGAGACUUUGGAGUGGCCCACAAAAUAUGCACCUAUUUUUGCCAACUGUCCCUUGCGUUUGAGAUCUGGUAUCUUACUUUACGGUUAUCCUGGUUGUGGUAAGACAUUACUUGCCAGUGCCAUUGCAGGCCAAUGUGGACUUAAUUUCAUUUCCAUCAAGGGUCCCGAAAUUUUAAACAAAUACAUCGGUGCAUCUGAACAGUCGGUUAGAGAGCUCUUCGAACGUGCUCAGUCGGCCAAACCUUGCAUUCUUUUCUUCGAUGAAUUCGAUUCGAUUGCUCCAAAGAGAGGUCAUGACUCCACAGGUGUCACGGAUAGAGUUGUUAACCAGAUGUUGACGCAAAUGGAUGGUGCUGAAGGUCUCGAUGGUGUCUACGUCUUGGCUGCUACAAGUAGACCGGAUUUGAUUGAUUCGGCGUUGUUACGUCCAGGUCGUCUUGAUAAGAGUAUCAUUUGCGACAUGCCAAAUUUCGAUGACAGACUCGACAUUUUGAAAUGUAUCAGUGCAAAGAUGGACUUGAACAAGGAUGUGAACCUCGAAGACAUUGCCGAGAAGACAGGCGGUUUCAGUGGUGCCGACAUGCAAGGUUUGGGCUACAAUGCCUACCUUAAGGCUGUCCACGAGAAGUUGGCUGCUAACGAGGCUCUCACCGUUGACACAAGCAAAGACGAAAAAUCCUUCGAUUUCUUCCAGGUUAACUCCGAGAAGCUCAAAAAUCAAAAAAUUAGACCUGCUGAAAAGGUCAAGGUCCUUCAGCAGAUUGAGAAGUUGUUCGAAGAGGAUACCAAUGCGAAGAAGACUGAUAAGACGUCAGAGAGCAAGGAGAACUCCAAGGUUGUUCUCACGCAACAACAUUUCAUCGAGAGUUUGAAAGAAACAAAGCCCUCGAUUUCUGCUUCUGAGAAGAAGAAACUCCAGCGUGUCUACACACAGUUCUUGACUGGAAGAGACGGUACGAUGCCUGAUGGAAGUGCCAGUAACGAAGUUGGAGGCCGCACCACGCUCAUGUAA